CUCUAUGCUAAUAUCGGCUUGAGAGGCACAGCAUCGCGUUUCUGCCGGCAGUCAGUGGCUUCCAGAGUCUGAGCCGGCUCCUUCACAGCCAUGGCUGAAGGCGGAGAAGGGGAAGAUGAGAUCCAGUUCUUGAGAACAGAUGAUGAGGUGGUGCUCCAGUGUGCGGCCACUAUCCAGAAGGAGCAUCGCAAGUUCUGCCUGGCCGCUGAGGGACUGGGAAACCGCCUGUGUUACCUGGAGUCCACGUCUGAAGCCAAGUAUGUUCCUCCAGACAUCUGUAUUUGUAACUUUGUGUUGGAGCAGUCCCUGUCAGUGCGGGCCCUGCAGGAGAUGCUGACGAACGCUGGGCAGAACAGUGAAGGGAGUGCUGACCAUGAAAAAUGGAGGUUCAUUAAAAAGGCGGGCCAGGGGGGUGGACACCGGACCCUGCUCUACGGUCACGCCAUUCUCCUACGCCACUCCUUCAGUGGGAUGUACUUGACCUGUUUGAAGACAUCAAGGUCUCUGACUGACAAGUUGUCGUUUGAUGUUGGACUACAAGAGGAUUCAAUAGGAGAGGCCUGCUGGUGGACCAUCCAUCCUGCUUCCAAGCAGAGAUCUGAAGGAGAGAAAGUUCGCAUUGGAGAUGACUUGAUUCUUGUCAGUGUCUCAACUGAGAGAUAUUUGCACCUCUCUAUGUCCAAUGGUAACAUCCAGGUGGAUGCUUCCUUCAUGCAAACCCUGUGGAACGUCCAGCCAACCUGCUCUUCAGGGAACAUGGCUGUAGGGUUUUUGAUUGGUGGGCAUGUGAUGCGUCUUUGUCAUGGACAUGAUGAGAGCCUGACCAUCCCUGGAGCAGAUAAGAGCGAGGAGGAGCAGAGAAUUGUAAACUAUGAGGCGGGUAAGGGAGCAUCUAAGGCCCGCUCACUGUGGAGACUGGAGCCUCUCAGGAUCAGCUGGUCAGGAAGCCACAUCAGAUGGGGCCAGGCCUUCAGACUGCGCCACCUCUCGACAGGCCAUUAUCUGGCUCUGACUGAGGACCGUGGACUGGUGCUGCAGGACAGGGAGAAGUCUGACACAAAAGCUACUGCCUUCUGCUUCAGGGCCUCCAAGGAAAAGGUUGACUCGGGCCCAAAGAGAGAUAUUGAGGGCAUGGGAGUGCCUGAGAUCAAAUACGGGGAUUCUGUCUGCUUCGUCAUGCAUGUGGCAACGGGAUUGUGGCUGUCGUAUCUGGCUCCUGAUGCCAAGUCUUCUCGCCUUGGACCACUGAAAAGAAGGGCCUGCCUACACUCUGAGGGCCACAUGGAUGAUGGGCUGAUCCUCCAGCGCUGUCAGCAUGAGGAGUCUCGGGCUGCCCGCAUCAUUCGCAACACCACACUGCUUUUCACAAACUUCAUUAAGGCUUUGGACAGCACUGCAGAGGGCGACUCCACAGCAGUGGGUGGGUACGUUGAAGAGGUGCUCCAGACAUUGAACGACCUGAUCGAGUACUUCAAGCAGCCUGACUCAGAGCUGGAGCACGAGGAGAAGCAGGGUCUGCUUCGUUCCCUCAUCAAACGCCAAGACCUUUUCAAAGAGGAGGGAAUGCUGAGCCUUCUGUCUAUAUGCAUCGAUCGGAUGAACCUGUACAAUAGCGCCGCCCACUUUGGAGAGAUGGCCGGGGAGGAGGCAGGUGCGGCCUGGAAGGAUAUUCUCAACCUCCUGUAUGAACUCUUGGCUGCACUUAUUCGUGGAAACAGAAACAACUGCACCCAGUUUUCUCGUAAGUUGGACUGGUUGGUCAGCAAGCUGGAGAGACUGGAGUCAUCAUCAGGCAUCCUGGAAGUCCUCCACUGUAUCUUGGUUGAAAGUCCAGAGGCCCUGAACAUCAUCCAGAAAGGACACAUCAAAUCCAUCAUCUCGUUACUCUACAAGCAUGGACGCAACCACAAGAUUCUCGAUGUGUUGUGUUCCCUCUGUGUUUGUAACGGGGUUGCAGUGAGAGCCAAUCAGAAUCUGAUCUGCGACAACCUGCUUCCUAAGAGGGACCUGCUGCUUCAGACUCGACUGGUGAACCAUGUUCAGAGCAUGAGACCUAACAUCUUCCUGGGCAUGGCUGAAGGUUCAGCCCAGUAUAAGAAGUGGUAUUAUGAGCUGGUGAUCGACCAGGUGGACCACUUUGUCACCAGCGAGCCGACUCACCUCAGGGUGGGCUGGGCCAACACUAAAGGCUAUGCUCCGUACCCCGGUGGAGGAGAGGGAUGGGGUGGUAACGGAGUGGGGGAUGACCUGUACUCCUACAGCUUUGAUGGACUUCAUCUGUGGUCAGGCCGAAUCCCAAGGGCUGUGGCUUCGAUUAACCAGCACCUGCUAAACUCGGAUGAUGUGGUCAGCUGCUGUCUGGAUUUGGGCGCUCCCAGCAUGUCUUUCAGGAUCAACGGGCAGCCUGUUCAGGGCAUGUUCGAGAACUUCAACACAGAUGGAUUCUUCUUCCCUGUCGUCAGCUUCUCUGCAGGUGUCAAGGUCCGUUUCCUGUUGGGUGGGCGCCACGGAGAUUUCAAGUUCCUGCCGCCUGCUGGUUACUCCCCGUGUUAUGAAGCACUGCUGCCCAAGGAGAAGAUGCAUGUGGAGCCCGUGAAGGAAUACAAGAGGGACCUUGAGGGAGUCCGUGAUCUACUGGGAACCACGCAGUUCCUCUCUCAAGCCUCUUUCAUCCCCACUCCUGUUGACACCAGUCAGAUUGUUCUUCCCCCUCACCUAGAAAACAUUCGAGACAAGCUGGCAGAAAACAUCCAUGAACUGUGGGGGAUGAACAAGAUUGAAUUGGGCUGGACCUAUGGCAAGGUGCGCGAUGACAACAAGAGGCAGCACCCUUGCCUUGUGGAUUUUGUCAAGCUGCCUGAAACUGAAAGGAACUACAACCUGCAGAUGUCUAGUGAAACACUGAAGACCCUGUUGGCACUGGGAUGCCAUGUUGCCCAGGUCAAUGUUCACGCUGAGGACGAUCUGAAGAAGCUUAAACUACCCAAAGACUACAUGAUGUCUAACGGAUAUAAGCCUGCGCCACUGGACCUUUCUGAAGUAAAAUUAACUGCAGGUCAGGAGGUUCUAGUUGAUAAACUGGCCGAGAAUGCACACAACGUGUGGGCCAAAGACAGAAUUAAACAAGGAUGGACCUAUGGUAUCCAGCAGGAUUUAAAGAGCAGGCGUAAUCCUCGCCUGGUACCAUAUGCUUUACUUGAUGAGCGCACCAAGAAAUCUAACAGGGACAGUCUGAGAGAGGCCAUCAGGACCUUGGUUGGAUAUGGAUAUGAAAUUGAUCCCCCAGAUCAGGAAGUCGUUCACGUCUCGGAUGAUCAGAGCAUCGAGACCAUCCGCUUUUUCCGUGUGGAGCAGACAUACGCAGUGACCAGUGGGAAGUGGUACUUUGAGUUUGAGGCCCUGAGUGGAGGCGAUAUGAGGGUGGGCUGGGCCAGACCUGGAUGCAGACCUGAUGUGGAACUGGGACUAGACGACCAAGCCUUUGUCUUUGAUGGAUACAGGGGGAGACGCAUGCACGCAGGCAGCCGCUACUUCGGACAUCCUUGGAAAAAGGGUGAUGUUGUAGGUUGCAUGAUCAAUAUGGAGGACAAGUUUAUGACUUUCACCCUGAACGGAGAGCUCCUGAUCACCAACAAGGGCUCUGAGCUUUGCUUUGCUGACUUUGAGACAGAGGACGGUUUCAUUCCUGUGUGCAGUCUGGGAAUGUCUCAGAUUGGACGUAUGAACUUGGGCAAGGAUGCCAGCUCCUUCAAAUAUUACACCAUGUACGGUCUCCAGGAAGGCUUUGAGCCCUUCGCUGUCAACAUGAACAGAGACAUUGCCAUGUGGUUCAGCAAGCGCCUGGCCACCUUUGUCAACAUACCAGAAGAACACAUGGAUAUUGAGGUGACGAGGAUUGAUGGAACAGUAGAUAGCCCUCCGUGCCUCAAGGUCACCCACAAGACGUUUGGCACCCAGAACAGCAACAAUGACAUGGUGUACUGUCGACUGAGCAUGCCUGUAGAGUUUUAUUCUGCAGACAAGAUACUGGACGAAUCUGUGAAACUCAGCCAUUUCCCUAAAGAAGAUGGAAGUGUUGACUAUGGAAGCAUCACAACUUACUACCAUUCAGUGAGAGUGUUCGCUGGACAGGAUCCUGCCUCAGUGUGGGUCGGCUGGGUCACUCCAGAUUAUCAUUACUAUAGCAAGAACUUCAGCCUGAGCAAGACGCAAACGGUCACCGUUACCCUGGGAGACGAGAGGGGCCGUGUCCACGAGAGUGUCCAGAGGAGUAACUGCUACAUGGUGUGUGGUGCAGAUGCAGUCGGCCCGUCUUCCUCCAACCGCGCUAACUCUGACCUAGAGAUCGGCUGCCUCAUUGACCUGGCCACUGGCCUUGUUUCCUUUACUGCCAAUGGCAAAGAGCUGCCGACAUCAUAUCAGGUGGAACCAAAUACCAAGCUCUUCCCUGCUGUGUUCGCACUCCCUACCAGCACCAACCUUUUCCAGUUUGAAUUUGUCAAAAUCAAGGAUGCCAUGCCGCUCUCUUCGGCUGUAUUUAAAAGCGAGCACAGGAACCCAGUGCCGCAGUGCCCCCCGCGACUGGAUGUACAGACCAUCGUGUCUGUGCUGUGGAGCCGAAUGCCAAACACUUUCCUUAAUGUGGAUACAGCUCGGGUGAGCGAGAGGCACGGCUGGGUGGUCCAGUGUCUGGAGCCGCUGCAGAUGAUGGCCGUACAUAUCACUGAGGAAAACAGGUGUUUGGACAUCCUGGAGUUAUCUGAGCAUGAAGACCUGAGGAAGUUCCACUACCACACACUGAAGCUGUACUGCGCCCUCUGUGCCCUGGGAAAUACUCGAGUUGCUCAUGCUCUCUGCAGCCACUUGGACCAAUCGCAGCUCCUUUACACUAUUGACAACCAGUAUCUCUCUGGGAUGCUGAGGGAGGGCUUCUACAACGUUCUUAUGAGCAUUCAUCUUGAGACAGCAAAGGAGGCUCGGCUAAUGAUGAACAAUGAGUUCAUCAUCCCCCUCACAGAGGAGACGCGCUCCAUCAAGCUUUUCCCUGAUGAGUCCAAGCGACACUCGCUGCCUGGGGUGGGGCUCAGCACUUCCCUGGAGCCUUUGGUGAACUUCUCCCCUGUUGGCAUCAUCAGCACCAAACGCCAACAGUUCCUCUACAGCCCCCAGAUCCCUCUGGGGAUCCUGAAAGAGAAAGCCAUCAGCAUGCUCACCGAGGCCGUGCAAGGCGGAGGAACACACAUCCGGGACCCAGUAGGUGGAAGUGUCGAGUACCAGUUCGUCCCCAUCCUCAAGCUGAUUGCCACUCUGUUAAUCAUGGGCGUUCUAACCAGUGAGGAGGUGAAGCUCAUUCUCCUCUUGAUCGACCCCAAUGUGUUUGGAGAAGUCAAGGAGGAUGAAGAAGUCAAGGGAGAUGAGGUAGCUGUGACUGGGGAGAAGGAGGAGGUGAGCAAGAACGAGGAGAAGGCCGUGGAGGCCGGGGAGGAGGAGGGCAGCAAACAGCCUGUUAAAGGCCUGUUGGAGAAGUCGCUGCCCGAGUCCGUCAAGCGGCAGAUGUGUGAGCUGCUCCAUUACUUCUGUGACUGUGAGCUGAAGCAUCGGAUUGAGUCCAUCGUGUCUUUCUCUGACAACUUUGUGUCGAAGCUCCAGUUCAACCAGAAGUUCCGCUACAAUGAGCUGAUGCUGGCACUCAACAUGUCCGCUGCCGUCACUGCCAAGAAAACCAAGGAGUUCCGUUCACCCCCACAGGAGCAGAUCAACAUCCUGUUGAAUUUUAGUGCAGGAGAGGACUGUCCCUGUCCCGAGGAAAUCCAAGAUGAACUCAACUCUUUCCAUGAAGAAUUGCGCUUGCAUUGUGGAAUUCCAAUGGAGGAAGAAGAGGAGGAGCAGGACACUUCAAUAAAAGGCCGUCUCCUCGCUCUUCUCUACAAGAUCAAGGGUCCUCCUCAAAAGCCAGAGGAGGAACCCACAGAGACUGAACAGGCUGCUCCCACCAACCUGAAGGAGCUGAUCUCACAGACCAUAACCAGCUGGGCCCAGGAGUCCCACAUUCAGGACCCAGAGCUGGUCAGAGUAAUGUUCAGCCUGCUGAGGAGGCAGUAUGACGGCAUCGGGGAGCUGCUGCGGGCCAUGAAGAAAUCCUACACGAUCAGCGCCAAAUCUGUGCAGGAUGCUAUUAACCUGUUGGCAUCUUUGGGUCAGAUCAGGUCUCUGCUGUCUGUACGUAUGGGCAAAGAAGAGGAGAAGCUCAUGAUUGAUGGACUUGGUGACAUCAUGAACAACAAGAUUUUCUACCAGCAUCCCAACCUGAUGCGAGUGCUGGGCAUGCAUGAAACAGUCAUGGAGGUCAUGGUCAAUGUGCUGGGAGGAGACAAGUCACAGGAAAUUGCUUUCCCAAAGAUGGUGGCCAGCUGUUGUCGUUUCUUGUGCUACUUCUGUCGCAUUAGCCGCCAGAACCAGAAGGCCAUGUUUGACCACCUGAGCUACCUGCUGGAGAACAGCAGCGUCGGACUGGCCUCUGAAGCUAUGCGGGGCUCCACUCCACUGGAUGUUGCAGCAUCCUCAGUGAUGGAUAACAACGGCCUGGCUCUGGCUCUGGAGGAGCCUGAUCUGGAAAAGGUGGUGACGUAUCUGGCAGGCUGUGGUUUGCAGAGUUGUGCCAUGCUGGUUGCUAAGGGUUACCCAGACUUGGGCUGGAACCCCAUAGAGGGAGAGCGCUACCUGUCCUUCCUGAGGUUUGCCGUUUUCUGCAACGGUGAGAGUGUGGAGGAAAAUGCCAAUGUGGUGGUGAAGCUGCUGAUCCGGCGUCCUGAGUGUUUCGGUCCCGCACUGAGAGGAGAGGGAGGCCAGGGUCUGCUGGCUGCCAUGAAGGAGGCCAUUAAGAUUGCUGAGGAUCCUGCUCUGGACCUGCCCACAAACCCUGCUGGAGUCAGUACCGGGUGUGGUGAGGAAGAAGGAGAAGUUAUUCACAUGGGCAAUGCCAUAAUGUCCUUCUACUCAGCCCUCAUUGACCUGCUGGGACGCUGUGCUCCUGAGAUGCAUCUCAUCAACGCUGGUAAAGGUGAAGCACUGCGCAUCAGAGCCAUCCUGCGCUCUCUGGUUCCCACUACAGACCUCGUAGGCAUCAUCAGCAUCCCCCUCAAAAUGCCCGUGGUUAAUAAAGACGGUACGGUGACAGAACCUGACAUGUCGGCCUGUUUCUGUCCGGACCACAAGGCCCCCAUGGUGCUCUUCCUCGACCGAGUGUACGGCAUUGAGGACCAGAGCUUUCUGCUUCAGAUGUUGGAGGUUGGCUUUCUGCCUGACCUUCGCGCCUCAGCGUCUCUGGACACGGAGGUGUUGAGCACCACUGAGACAGCGUUAGCCAUGAACAGGUACAUCGGCUCGGCGCUGCUGCCUCUGCUGACCCGCUGUGCCGAUCUUUUUGCCAACACAGAGCACCACGCACAGCUGAUUGAUUCUACGCUGCAGACCAUCUACAGGCUGUCUAAAGGUCGCUCACUCACCAAAGCUCAAAGGGAUGCUAUUGAGGACUGCCUGCUGGCCAUCUGCAAGCAUCUGCGUCCCUCCAUGAUGCAGCAGCUGCUCAGACGGUUGGUGUUCGACGUUCCCAUGUUAACAGAAUACUGCAAAAUACCUCUGCGGCUGCUGAUCAACCACUAUGAGCAGAACUGGAAGUACUACUGUCUGCCGUCCGGUAUGGGCAGCUUUGGUAUAGCUUCUGAAGAAGAGCUGCUCCUCACAAAGAAACUCUUCUGGGGAAUCUUUGACUCUCUCUCCCAAAAGAAGUAUGAUGCCGAACUUUUCAAAAUGGCCAAGACGUGUCUGUGUGCCAUCGCUGGAGCCCUGCCCCCCGACUUCGUAGAUGCCAGUCCAGGAGCAACACUGGAGAAACAGGCAUCUGUGGAUGCGACAGGCAACUUUGACCCCAAACCCAUCAACACUGCCAAUAUCUCUCUUCCUGAAAAACUUGAGUACAUUGCCAACAGAUAUGCAGAGCAUUCCCAUGACAAGUGGUCCUCAGACAAGGUGUCAGCAGGUUGGAAGCAUGGAGAGAAUUUGGAUGAGCAAUCCAAAAGCCACCCUUUGCUGAAGCCUUACAAAAGUCUAAGUGAGAAGGAGAGAGAAACGUACCGCUGGCCAGUGAGGGAGUCCCUGAAGAGCAUGUUGGCCAUGAGCUGGAACAUUGAGAGGACCAAGGAGGGAGAAGCCAUGUUCCAGCAGCGAGAGAACGAAAAGCAGCGAAAGAUCUCUGAAUCUCAGACUAAUGGAUUUAGUCCUGCUCCAAUGGACCUGCACAAUGUGACUUUGUCUAGAGAGCUGCAGGGCAUGGUGGAGGUGGUUGCAGAGAACUAUCACAAUAUCUGGGCCAAGAAGAAAAAAAGUGAACUUCUUAGCAAAGGAGGAGGGACCCACCCGCUGCUGGUUCCCUAUGACACCCUUACGGCUAAAGAGAAGCACAGAGACAGAGAAAAAGCUCAGGAGCUCUUUAAGUUCCUACAGAUCAGUGGCUACGCUAUCACAAGAGGUUUGAAGGACUUGGAACAGGACUCGUCUUCCAUGGAGAAACGUUUUUCCUACAAGUUUCUCAGGAGACUGCUAAAAUACGUUGACUCCGCCCAGGAGUUCAUCGCUCACCUUGAGGCUAUGGCCACUAGUGGAAAGACAGACAAAUCUCCUCAUGACCAGGAAAUCAAGUUUUUUGCCAAGGUGCUGCUUCCCCUCGUGGAUCAAACCUUUAAAAACCACUGCCUCUACUUCCUGUCCACACCCAGCAAUAACCUGAGCAGCUGUGGCUGCGCCUCCAACAAAGAGAAGGAGAUGGUCACAAGCCUGUUCUGUAAACUGGCAGCUCUUGUCAGACACAGGAUUUCUCUCUUUGGUAGUGAUUCAGCAAUGAUGGUGAGCUGUCUGCUCAUUCUCACUCACUCGCUUGACACCAGAACAGUGAUGAAGUCUGGCUCUGAGCUGGUGAAAGCUGGUUUCAAGACUUUCUUUGAGAACGCAGCUGAGGACUUGGAGAAGUUGCAUGAGAUGCUGAAACUGGGAAAGUUCUUGCAGUCCCGUGCCCAGAUGAAGAGCGUCAGCCAGAGCAUCAACUAUGUGACUGUGGCCUUGCUGCCGGUCCUCACUGCCAUCUUUGAGCACAUCAGGACACUCGAGUUUGGAGCAGACCUGCUGUUGGACGAUGUGCAACUGUCCUGCUACCGAAUUCUGACCAGUUUCUACUCUCUGGGAACAGGAAAAAAUGUCUUUGUGGAGAAACAUCUGCCAGCUAUUGGGGAGAGUCUGGCAACCCUGGUGGCGGCCAUGCCUGUGGCGUUCCUGGAACCCCACCUAAAUGCCCACAACCCGCUUUCUGUCUUCAACACAAAGACUCCCAGAGAGAGAGCCAUCCUCAGUAUGCCCGACACGGUGGAGGAGAUGUGUCCAGAGAUGCCUGAACUUGAGAGGCUGCUGAAAGACGUGUGUGAUGUCUCAGAGUCUGGUGCUCGCUACAGUGACAUGCCACAGGUCAUUGAGGUAAUCCUUCCCAUGCUGUGUAACUAUUUAUCCUACUGGUGGGAGAAAGGUCCAGAGAACUCGCCUCCAGAUGCUCAAUGUUGCACCAUGAUCACCUCUGACCAUCUCAGCAUCAUCCUGGGAAACAUCCUCAGGAUCCUCAAUAACAAUCUUGGCAUUGAGGACGCUCCCUGGAUGAAGAGGAUUGCAGUUUACUCUCAGCCAAUCAUCUGCAAAGCCGGAGCAGAUCUUCUGAGAACCCACUUUCUCCCCACGCUGGACAAACUGAGGAAAAAGACCGUGAAGGUUGUGGCUGAAGAGGAGCUGCUGAAGGCUGACGGCAAAGGCGACAACCAGGAGGCCGAGCUGCUCAUCCUGAAUGAGUUUGCUGUGCUCUGCAGGGACCUCUACGCUUUCUACCCCAUGCUCAUCCGCUAUGUGGACAACAACAGGUCUCGGUGGUUGAAGGAGCCUCAUGCUGACUCCACAGAGCUCUUCAGGAUGGUGGCUGAGAUCUUUAUCCUCUGGUGCAAGUCACAUAACUUUAAGCGUGAGGAGCAAAACUUUGUGGUUCAGAAUGAAAUCAACAAUUUGGGCUUCCUGACUGGUGAAGGACAAGCUAAAAUGUCUAAGUCAGGUGGGGACCAGGAGAGGAAACACAAGCGCCGUAGAGGCGAGUACUACUCCAUCCAAACCUCUCUGAUUGUUGCUGCGCUGAAGAAGAUGCUGCCCAUCGGCCUCAACAUGUGCAGCCCAGGAGACCAGGAGCUCAUCUCUCUGGCUAAGAUAAGAUACAAUCUGAAAGACACAGAUGACGAGGUGAAGGAGCACUUGCGUCAGAAUCUUCAUCUCCAAGACAAGUCCGAUGAUCCAGCUGUUCAGUGGCAGCUGAACUUGUACAAAGACGUGGUGAAAAGCGAGGAACCAGCGAACUCAGAACAAACAGUUGAUCGAGUGCAAAGCAUCUCUGCUGCAGUGUUCCACCUGGAGCAGGUGGAGCAGCCGCUGAGAAAUAAGAAAUGUGUGAUGCACAAGCUGUUGUCCAAACAGCGUAAACGGGCUGUGGUGGCUUGUUUCCGUAUGGCUCCACUCUACAAUCUACCUAGGCAUCGCGCUAUCAACUUCUUCAUGCCGGUCUAUCAGAGACUUUGGAUAGAGGCAGAGGAGUACUCUUUUGAGGAGAAGCUAGUUCAGGAUCUGGCAGUAAGUACUGGGCUCGCCUUGCCCACGCCCCUUGUGCCCUGCGUUGGCACCCCUCUGCCAGUCCUGUCUGCCGAAUGCUUCUUUAGCUCCGUGCCCGUCGAGCCUUGGAAGCACGCCCGGGUGGAGACAUUGCCCAAAGCAUAUAGCGGUCCCUGCUUUAGGCGCGCAAAAUCCUUCAGACAGAGAUCCGUCAGGGGUCAAAGGCUGCAUGACCAACUCAGGAGACACAGGGCCAGCUCCGGUGCUCACAGCUCUAGAAAAGCAGGCUAUGCCUUUCUGAAAGCAGUGAAAACCCCCAUGAAAAUUGUUGAAGAGGAGGAAGAGGAGGUAGCAGAGAUCCAACCGGACCCUCUGCACCAGCUCAUCCUCCACUUCAGCCACAAUGCUCUGACAGAGAGAAGUCACCUGGAAGUGGAUCCUUUGUAUAUUGCGUAUGCAGACAUGAUGGCAAAGAGCUGUGCAGAGGAUGAGGAGGAAGAAGAGGAGGAAGGGAAAGAGAAGACAUUCGAGGAAAAGGAGAUGGAGAAACAGAAGAUCUUGUAUCAGCAGGCGAGGCUGCACGCACGAGGGGCUGCAGAGAUGGUGCUACAAAUGAUCAGUGCCAGUAAAGGUCGUCUGGGUCCCAUGGUGACCUGCACACUCAAACUGGGAAUUUCCAUCUUAAAUGGAGGCAACGUGCAGGUUCAGCAGAAAAUGCUUGAUUACCUGAAAGAAAAAAGAGACGCAGGCUUUUUCAAAAGUCUCUCAGGACUGAUGCAGUCUUGCAGUGUCCUGGACUUGAAUGCGUUUGAGAGGCAGAACAAAGCAGAAGGACUUGGCAUGGUGACAGACGAAGGCUCAAUCCACACUGAUCGGGGCUCUAAGGUGCUACAGAAUGAUGAGUUCACCAAAGAUCUGUUCCGCUUUUUGCAACUUCUUUGUGAGGGUCACAAUGGAGAUUUCCAGAACUUCCUGAGGACGCAAACUGGAAACACAAUGACAGUUAAUAUUAUUAUCAGCACUGUUGACUACCUGCUCCGCCUUCAGGAAUCCAUCAGUGACUUUUAUUGGUACUACUCUGGAAAAGAUGUCAUUGAUGAGACUGGAAAACACAACUUCUCCCAAGCGUUAUCUGUAGCCAAGCAGAUAUUCAACUCACUCACUGAGUACAUUCAGGGCCCGUGUAUUGGGAACCAGCAGAGCCUGGCUCACAGCAGACUUUGGGAUGCAGUAGUGGGCUUUUUGCAUGUGUUUGCCAACAUGCAGAUGAAACUGUCUCAGGACGCCAGUCAGAUUGAGCUGUUGAAGGAGCUGAUGGACCUACAGAAGGACAUGGUUGUCAUGUUACUGUCGCUGUUGGAGGGUAACGUGGUAAAUGGAACGAUUGGAAAGCAGAUGGUGGACACACUGGUGGAGUCUUCUAGUAACGUAGAAAUGAUCCUGAAGUUCUUUGACAUGUUCCUCAAACUGAAGGAUCUCACAACCUCUGACAACUUCAGGGAGUACGACCCCGAGGUCAAAGGCAUCAUCUCAAAGAAGGAGUUCCAGAAAUCUAUGGAGAGUCAGAAGCAGUACAACCAGUCUGAGAUCGAGUUCCUGCUCUCGUGUGCGGAGGCCGACGAGAACGACAUGUUCAAUUACAAAGAGUUUGUGGAGCGGUUCCACGAACCGGCCAAAGACAUCGGCUUCAACGUGGCCGUGCUGCUGACCAACCUGUCUGAACACAUGCCGCACGACUCCCGGCUGGUCUCCUUCUUGGAUCUGGCGGAGAGCGUGCUCAGCUACUUCGAGCCCUACCUGGGCCGCAUUGAAAUCAUGGGCAGCGCGAAGCGCAUCGAGAGGGUUUACUUUGAGAUCAGCGAGUCGAGCCGGGAACAGUGGGAGAAGCCGCAGGUCAAAGAGUCCAAGCGGCAGUUCAUCUUCGAUGUGGUCAACGAGGGGGGAGAGAGCGAGAAGAUGGAGAUGUUUGUGAACUUCUGUGAGGAUACGAUCUUUGAGAUGCAGCUGGCGUCCCAGAUCUCUGAGUCGGAUGCGGUUGAACAGCCUGAGGAGGAGGAGGAGGAGGAGGGACACAGCCUCCUGGAGGAGUUGGCCGGAGAGGAGGAGGGCGCCUUGGAGUCGGCCUCGGCCUUCACCACGGCGUGUCACUCCGUCAAGAACAAGAUCGCACACGUCCGUCAAAAGUUUUCCCUGAAAAACAUGAAGAAACAGUUCAAGAAAGUCAAGAAACUGAGCAUCAGAGAGAUGAUCGCAGGCUUCUUCUCCUUCCUCUGGAUGCUCUUCACCGGCUUCUUCAAAGGCAUCUACGGUCUCAUCUUUGGUUUCUUCCAUGUCAUCUGGUCGUCCAUGUUUGGCGGUGGCCUGGUGGAGGGCGCCAAGAACAUGAAGGUGACCGACAUCCUGGGAAACAUGCCCGACCCAACACAGUUUGGCAUUCAUGGAGAUGUGAUCGAAGGAGAGAAGGUGGAGGCCAUAGAGGCAUCCGCAAGCUUGGACAUCACCAUGGCACCAGCAGGAGACGCAACAGAGAUGGACAUGAUGCUGGAGAUGCUGUCGGUGCCUAAAAAGGAAGGAGGAAAACAUGUGGAGCCGGGGCUGGGUGACGUGUCUGAGCUCAGUGAGACCUCCAGCACUGACCAAAAGAAGAAAGCUGCUGCCAAGCCCGCUGAAACCACGGAAAGUGAACCAGAGAAAGCAGACACAGAGAACCAGGAGAAGGAGGACAAGCCAAAGGAGGAGGAGGCCAAGGAAGCAGUGGCUGAGGAGAAGCCCAAGGCCAGAUCUAGUAAGACGAAGGAGACGGCGCCAGGGUUCAUGUCCAACGUCUUUGUUGUUCUGGACGUGUGGUUGAACAAGAUGCUGAAUUAUCUGGCUCGGAACUUCUACAACCUGCGUUUCCUGGCUCUGUUCGUGUGUUUUGCCAUCAACUUCAUUCUGCUUUUCUACAAGGUCACUGGUGAAACUGAGGAAGAGGACGAGGAGAACAGCUGGGGAGGUGAGGAGGAGGAGGAUGACGAGAACACGCUCUUCGACAUGGACGAGUUUGUGCUUCAGGAGAGCACGGGCUACAUGCUGCCGACGCUGCGCUUCCUGGCCAUAUUCCACACGGUCAUCUCGCUGGUCUGCCUGGUGGGAUACUACUGCCUGAAGGUUCCUCUGGUGGUGUUCAAGAGGGAGAAGGAGAUCGCCAGGAAGCUGGAGUUCGAUGGUCUGUACAUCACUGAGCAGCCGUCUGACGACGACAUCAAGGGCCAGUGGGAUCGACUCGUCAUCAACACCCCGUCUUUCCCCAACAACUACUGGGAUAAGUUCAUCAAGCGCAAGGUGAUCAACAAAUACGGGGACAUGUACGGAGCGGAGCGCAUCGCUGAGCUGCUGGGUCUGGACAAGAGCGCGCUGGACUUCGACCCCACGGUGGAGACGGUGGAGAAGGAGGCGUCGCUGCUCUCCUGGCUGAGCUCCAUUGACACAAAGUACCACAUCUGGAAACUGGGCGUGGUUCUGACUGACAACUCCUUCCUCUAUCUCAUCUGGUACACCACCAUGUCCAUUUUUGGACACUUCAACAACUUCUUCUUCGCUGCUCAUCUCCUGGACAUCGCCAUGGGCUUCAAGACGCUUCGCACCAUCCUGUCCUCUGUCACUCACAACGGCAAGCAGCUCGUCCUGACCGUGGGCCUGCUGGCCGUGGUCGUCUAUCUCUACACCGUGGUGGCCUUCAACUUCUUCAGGAAGUUCUACAAUAAGAGCGAGGAUGAAGACGAGCCCGACAUGAAGUGUGACGAUAUGAUGACGUGCUAUUUGUUCCACAUGUAUGUGGGCGUGCGAGCUGGAGGCGGCAUUGGAGACGAGUUGGAGGACCCCGCUGGAGACCCCUACGAGCUCUACCGCAUCCUGUUCGACAUCACCUUCUUCUUCUUCGUCAUCGUCAUCCUGCUGGCCAUCAUUCAGGGUCUGAUCAUUGAUGCCUUCGGCGAGCUGAGAGACCAGCAGGAGCAGGUGAAGGAGGACAUGGAGACCAAAUGCUUCAUCUGUGGCAUCGGCAACGACUACUUUGACCGGACGCCUCACGGGUUUGAAACCCACACCUUACAAGAGCACAACCUGGCGAACUACCUGUUCUUCUUGAUGUACCUGAUUAACAAGGACGAGACUGAACACACGGGUCAGGAGUCGUAUGUGUGGAAGAUGUACCAGGAGCGAUGCUGGGACUUCUUCCCGACUGGAGACUGCUUCCGUAAGCAGUAUGAGGACCAGCUGGGUUAGAGAGGACGGCGCGGCCUCUACUUCCCUUCCAUCUGAAACAGACACUGAACUUGACCUCACCCUGUUAAACCUUCCUGGACUGUCUCUGCUGCCAUGGUGUCAAAUUCUAAACACACUAUGAUUUUAGACGUUUCGCAUUUGUCUUUAGUUGUAACCAAACUAGUCUGGAGCCACGACACCUUUUGAUGCAGACCUUUCUGCCUUUUCACUUGCUUAACCUCGACCCGUUGUACAAUUGGUUGUGUAUAGACAUUUGAUACGCAUGGAGGGUUACAGCAUGACACCUGAAUGUCUCAAUAUGCACAAGUUCUUAAGUAAUGCCAGAAUAGUUUGUGCUGCUGCUAUCGAUCACUGUUGAUCCAGUUAAUGUGAGAAACGAGUGAGACCUGAUCUGCCUUUCAGCUCGCUGAAGUCUAUUUGAAAUGAAGAUGGUUCUUCCAGGACCAGCGACGACUCACUAUGAAACGCCAACGUGCCUUAUGAGAAACUAUGCAAACGUACUUCUAUGUUUAAUUUUUUGUCCCUCCUCACACAAGCAGUGCUCUAGUUCUGGAUUAGUUACACGUUAGCUUAAGCUCGUUUUGUGGCUUUUAAACUAAAAGAAUAAUUUGUUGUAUAAAAUCUAGACGAUCAUUGUGUAAAUGUUGCUUCGUUUGGUUUCUUUCCUAAGCUGUGGCAUCCUGCUCGCCUGCUUUUUACCCGCGACAAAGGGAAAAAAGACAAAACUCUGAUCAAGGAUUUAACGACAGAAUGUGUCUACGAUAAAACACAUUUCUUUUGAGAGGGAGGAAAUGAAUAAAGUAAUCGAUGCAAUAAAGCAAA